AUGGACGACCUUCAGCGGAACCAAACAACAGCACAGCAGGCUGAGAGUCUGGAGGACUCGAGAGUCAAUCCUCUGCGUCCCCACGAAUCUCAUUCUUCCAAAUAUUUUCAACUCCUCAAAUCACGCCGAAAGCUCCCUGUCUCCUUGAGACGCCAGGAGUUCCUGAACAUCUAUCAUAACUCGCAGAUAAUUUUAGUGUCUGGCGAGACCGGAUCUGGAAAGACGACUCAAAUCCCGCAGUUCAUCCUCUUCGACGAAUGGGCAAGUGGGAAAAAGGUAGCAUGCACGCAGCCUCGCAGACUUGCUACAACAGCUGUGGCUACUCGCACAGCCGCUGAGCUCGAUGUACCACUUGGAGAGGAAGUGGGAUAUAGCGUCCGCUUUGACAAGAAAACGAACGAAAUGACACGAUUAAAGUAUAUGACUGACGGGCUCCUUCUGAGUGAGGCCUCGGCGGACCGCAAUUUUUCAGCAUACAGCUGCGUCAUAAUCGAUGAAGCCCACGAAAGAACCUUGAACACGGAUCUCCUGAUGGCUCUGCUAAAAAUAGCAACUUCGCAUCGGACAUGCUUAAAGGUCGUCAUCAUGUCCGCUACUCUCAACGUAGAGAAGAUCCAAAGUUACUUUCCGGGCGCCGCAACUUUCGAAAUAACUGGAAAAGUUCACCCAAUCCAAAUCCACUACCUCUCACACUCGACACCUCGAUAUUGCUACUGUGCAGUCACCGUGGUCAAGCACAUCCACGAGAAUAUGGACGAGGGGGAUAUUCUGCUAUUCUUACCUACUUCAGGCGAUAUUGAGAUGGUUUGCUCCAUACUUCGGGACGAGUAUGAAAAUCUUACGGUUCUGCCUCUGUACUCUGCACUCUCACGAGCCAGACAGCAGGAAAUAUUCGAUGACUCGGAACAUCGAAAAUGCAUUGUUGCCACAAAUGUGGCAGAAACUAGCAUUACUAUCGAUGGAAUCGUUUACGUUAUCGAUUCGGGUCUGGAGAUCCGUCCCGUUUACAACCCCCGCCUCAGGAUGUCCACAGUACUCACCUCCCCCAUAUCCAAAGCGUCUGCCAAGCAGAGAGCUGGUCGUGCUGGGCGAACCCAACCUGGAAUCUGCUUCCGCCUGUACACAGAGCAAACUCACGAUGUUUGUUUCAUUCCUUCUGCCCCUCCCGGUAUUUUGGAAGACGAGCUCGCGUCACAAAUCCUUCUCUUGAAGGUGAUGGGUUUCGAAUCAGUCGGCACCUUUGACUUUGUCGAUCCGCCGCACCCAGAAGUCUAUCUCCGCGGUUUGCAAGAUCUUCGCGCGAUGAAAUACAUUGACGACAAAGGCACGAUUACGCUGUGUGGCCGCAUCGCAUCACAGUUCUCCGUCCAUCCGAAAUGGUUCAAUGCCUUUGUGGAAGGAUUGAACAACGGCUGCCUCCGGGAAAUGAUUGACCUGGCGGCCAUUGCUAGCACACAGCACCCAAUCUUCUCGCGACCUCCUCCGGCACGAUUCGCGGCCGAUAUCGCUCAUCAGCGGUUCACUUGUCCACGGUCCGACCACAUCAGCCAGUCAAACGCCCUACACGCCUACGAGUCCGCCACGAAGACGGAGAACCGACUAUCGAUCAACCAAUGGUGCUUCGACGCUUUUCUCAACCGUCGUGCCCUGAGCGAGGUCGUCAGGAUCAGAGACCAAUUGGUCAAUAAGAUGCAGAGCCAGUUGGCCACUACGAAAGUACUUUGCAAAUACGAGGAUGUAGAAUAUGAUACAAAUAUCCGGAAGACGCUCGCCCGGAGUUUCUUCUACCAGUGCGCUCUCAAAAGUCCAGAUUCGUUUUACACGACGGUGCACGACGGCCACACAGCGGGCAUCCACCCAGAGAGUGUGCUCUCCGGCGGGAGGGAGCAGUGGGUAAUGUACAGCGAGUUUGUCUCCAGCGGCACUCCAUAUCUGCAGACCGUAACGGCCGUGGACCCGGCCUGGUUGAUUGAUCUGGAUUUCUUUCAGGACGGUAGCCUGCCCAAGAAGGCAGAUGGAGGUUUCAAACAGCCCCUUGUCAAGAAGUCUCUGGACAAUGCUCGGAGCAAGAAAGACAAGGUGGAGGAGGAUCUGAUCUCCUUUGAAAAGCUGGAUUUGAAGACAACCUAG